GUUCAUAAUUAAGAAAAAUGAUGAAUUUAAUAAAAGUAUAAUAUUUAAUUAGUUAUUUUACUUUUAAAACAUAUUAUGACUUGUAUAAUAAACCCAGGAAUUUAAAAAUGAUCCAGGUUAACUAUGUUAUUAAAGACAGUUUCUUUGAGGUUAACUAGGUAAAUUUCUGCUAUAUUCCACGUCAACAUUUAAAUAGUAAAAUGGGAGACAGAAGCUACGUGAAGGACAUUGCCCUAUUAUUAUUUUCCCCUGCUUGUUAUGACCAAUAUUUCCUGGAAUUCAAUUUUCUAGAUGUUAACUGCUUUAAAGCAACUCUCAGCAAAUGUUUAGGAGUAGGAAUUAUUCUGGGAUCUCUGCUAGUAAAAAUUCCACAAAUAUUGAAAAUCUUAAAAAACAAAAGUGCCCAAGGAAUUAGUUUAUUUAGUGUGACCUUUGACCUUAUAGCAAUAACUAUUUAUAUGGCAUACAGUUGUGUAAAUGGUUUUCCAUUCACAUCAUGGGGUGAUACAGCAUUUUUGGCAUUGCAGACUGUUGCAAUUGGAUUUCUUGUUUUAUUUUUUGGGGGCUCUCCUUCAAAGGCUUUGAUCUACCUUUUGGUGUAUGCUUCAUCAGUUUAUGUUCUUAUUAGUGGAAUUACACCUAUAAAUGUAUUGUGGACAUUGCAAGGAUUUAACAUUCCAAUAUUGUUAUCAGGGAAACUUUUACAAGCACAUGUUAAUUACAAGAAUGGUCAUACUGGUCAGUUAGCAGCUGUGACAUUAAUCAUGCUGUUUGCUGGCUCCUUAGCAAGAAUAUUCACUUCGAUACAAGAAACUGGUGACACCAUGUCCAUAAUUACUUAUGCAGCUUCAUCAUUUGCUAAUGCUGUUCUUGUAUAUCAAUUAUUUUAUUACUGGAACGUUGAUAUUAACAAAAAGAAAAAAUAGAAGUAUGUUUUGUUA